GGAUCGUCAUUUGACGCGUAACCGUCUGCGCAUGCGCCUUCGGCCGCUGCGGGUUUUGCGCACGGGGACGCGACAGCAGCGGAGGAAUCCAUAGCAACGGCGGAUAAACAUGAGUUACUACAGCAGAGCCUCCAGUUCUUCCAGCUUCGCGUCCAGCGCCAUGACCAGUACACUGGAGGACGACAGUCUGAACCUCAGACAGCAGAAACUGGAGAAACAGAGGGCACUGCUGGAGCAGAAGCAGCGUCGAAAGCGUCAGGAACCGCUGAUGGUCCAGCCGAACUCAGAGGGACGUCCCCGGCGCUCGCGUCCCCGCCGAAGUGAAGAACAAGCCCCGCUCGUGGAGACACACCUCAGCACUGCCAGCGACAUCAUCCUAGACGGCAUCGAUGGCCCCGCGGCUCUGCUGGGUUCAGAAGCUCCAGAUCUGUGCAGUAAGAUCCAGGUUCAGUCGGUCAGUCCACCGCAGCAGACCUCGCCGCCCGCCGCAGACGAGCCAGAGACAGACGCCGACACACACACACUGCUGGAGCCCAAAACUGACAUACACACACUGCUGCAGAGGAGCGGACUGUCUGGCAGCAUGAACUACGACGAGGCCAGCGAGGAAGACGAUGAUGAAGCUGAAGAGCGAAGCCGAUCGCUGUCGCCGAACACAGAGAGCACUCGUCCUGCGUCGGCCUCCAGCAGCAAAUCCACCACGGAGUGUGUCCCGCUGGGUUCUCCGUCGGCUGAGGGCUCCUCCAUUGAGGUGGAUAAUCUGGAGGAGUUUGUGCUCCGUCCGGCUCCGAGGGGGGUCACCGUCAAGUGCCGCAUCUCACGGGACAAGAAGGGCAUGGACCGCGGUCUCUAUCCCACGUAUUAUAUGCACCUGGAGAGAGAAGACGGCAAGAAGGUGUUCUUACUGGCCGGACGCAAGAGGAAAAAGAGCAAAACAUCCAACUAUCUGAUCUCUGUGGACGCCACAGAUCUGUCCCGUGAGGGCGAGAGCUUCAUAGGAAAACUGAGGUCUAAUCUGAUGGGAACCAAGUUUACGGUGUACGAUAAUGGCACGAAUCCCACGAAAACCCCCGGAGCGCUGCUGGAGGAAACCAACACUCGGCAGGAGCUCGCUGCCAUCUGUUACGAGACCAAUGUUCUGGGCUUCAAAGGGCCACGGAAGAUGACCGUCAUCAUUCCUGGGAUGAACAUGAACUUCGAGCGUGUUCCGGUUCGUCCGGCGUGUGAGCAGGAGUCUCUGCUGAGUAAAUGGCAGAAUCACUCGCUGGAGAAUCUGAUCGAGCUGCACAAUAAAGCGCCGGUGUGGAAUGACGACACACAGUCUUACGUGCUCAACUUCCACGGCAGAGUCACACAGGCCUCCGUCAAGAACUUCCAGAUCGUCCACGAUAACGACCCUGAUUACAUCGUGAUGCAGUUUGGUCGUGUGGCGGAGGACAUCUUCACUCUGGACUUUAACUACCCCAUGUGUGCCCUGCAGGCCUUUGCUAUCGGCCUGUCCAGCUUCGACAGCAAACUGGCCUGCGAGUGACCAUGUGACACACACACACACACACACACACACACACACACACACACUCAGGACACUAAAGCACAGUCGUCCUCAGGAAGAGGACUUGUGCUGUAUCACAAUAAUUACAAACAAAAGGACCAAAUGAAUUGUUUUAUAAAUGAAACACAUCGAAUCAUUUAACCUUUUACUACCUGGAAUAACUGACAAGAUGAUCCUGAAAGUUUGUUUUCUGCAGAAAAAGAAGAUACGCAGGAUUAAUGCUUUAAUGGACCAAUAGAAAAGAGACUGAGGAUUGUUCUGAAAUUGAGAGAUUUUAUUUAGGCUUUUUAUGAGGGAUUUGAAGAGUAUUAAGAACAUUUUCGGGUCAGAACUUUAUUGAAGCUUGUUUCUGCCAUGGGAUAAAAAAAUAAAAAAGUUAACUGUGACUGUUUUUCUCACAGUUGUGAGAUUAUAUCUCAUAAAUCAACAUUAAUAUCUCGCAAUUCUGAGUUUAUAUCA